AUGCUAGGUGGUCCUGAGGAUGGGACUGUUAUCCCUAGUUUUGGUGGUCACGUGGCGUCAUAUAUAUGGGGCGGGCAGGAGCGAAAUGUUUUGCCCUGUUUUAGUAGGACACAGUUGUGUUCUGAAUUGGUUAAUUGGCAAGGUCGUCUUGCACAGGAGCACCUCGAAUUGAUUGAUGACAGUGGUCUGUCUCACUUACCCGGGAUUAUGUUUAAGCGUCUCGACUGGCCGUUGAUUUCUGCUUUUGUUGAGAGAUGGCAGCCAGAUACGAACACAUUUCAUAUGCCAUUUGGGGAGAUCACGAUCAUGCUGCACGAUGUGUACCAUAUUCUUGGGUUUCGUGUUGAUGGUUCCAUGGGUAGUGGGGUGCUGACUGAGAGGAUUUUUGGUACGACGACUUUGGAGGCGCAGAGACCCUUCAGUGUCCAUUAUAUUGCAUACAUGUGGUUAGCACUAGGAGGAUCACUGUUUUUAGACAAGAGUGGUAACCGCACUUAUCCUUCCUUCCUCCACAAGCUUGUUGUUGAAGGUCUUCCGAUUAAUGAGUACUCUUGGGGUUCAGCUACUCUAGCCUACCUGUAUCAGCAAUUGGGUACGGCUUCACGAAAAGAUGCUGAUUCGAUCGCUGGUUGUCUCACGCCGCUUCUGCAAGCGUGGAUUUACGAGAACUUUCUGUGA